AAUGAUUCAUUCUCGUGUAAGUGCUGGAAGUAUCUGGAAGUGAAUUUUUUCGGCUUGUCAUUGGCUUACUGCUAGUUUUAGUUGAAAUCUUCUAAUUCUGCUUUAUCAUUCUCCAUCAUUCAAUACAACCAUUUGUAUUCUCAACACUUUCUUCUGGAACCAAGCUCACUCGGAUCAAGACGGUGAACGGAAGACCAAGCAAAAGUUUUGAAAAGCGCAGCUGUUGAAGGACAACAUAAGUCGGAAAGUUUUGCUAAAGUGUACGACAAAAGUGAAUAUAUUUAGUAGCCAGAGGAAAAGUGUACCGACGAAAAAAACAAAAUGGUGUUUCCAGAGGCAUUGAAAGUGACGAUCUACCAGAAAUCUGGUGACCAAGAAAAUUUUGUGAUGUCUGUUAGUCGACAUCGGGAAGUUUGUCACAACUACGAGAACUUGAAAAAUGAAAUUGUGGCCCGUUACCCGAGUCUGCUUCAAUUUGAUGAGAUCAAGUUUUUCUGGAUUGAUGAUGAAGGAGACGAGAUUACCAUUCUGAACCAUGCGGAUUACUUUGACUAUAUGGACUCGUGCGGUGCCGGUGGAGUUCAGAAGCGUCGCAUUUACGUUAAAGGAGUCAAUAAUCCGAAGCAGGACUCAGUGCAAGACGCACCGAUGGAGGAGUGUUCAGCGCCCAGGGAUGAUGCUGCGGCCACUCUCCCGGAGGAUGUUCCCGUUCACAUAAAUAUUGUUUGCGAUGUGUGCGAUGAUACCAUUCGGGGUCAUCGAUACAAAUGCUUGCAAUGUUUCAACUAUGAUUUGUGCAUGCGUUGCGAGGCAAAGUAUCGUCACAAGGAUCAUCUAAUGGUGCGUAUCCCAACACCGCAGAUUAGUCGUCGGGGACCGUUUCGUCUAUUUGACAAGCUGCGUGGUAUGGCUACUGAAGUUAGCUCUCAAUCGGAAUUUGCGAAUGCAUCCGAUGUGCGCGAAAACGAGUACGAGAAUUGCAAACGCUCCAAGCGUUAUCAUCGCCGACAUAGCAAGGACCGCGAGGAGUCCCGUGAGCAGCGCGAAGAGAAGGAACGCAAAGAACGCAAACAUCGCCGGGAACGCUCUGCCAAAUGCGCCGAAGAGCGUCGCAGUGCUCGGUACGGGCACGGAUCAGGACAUCACUUCAACUUUACCCAUUUGCUUAAUCAAGUGAUUGACCCGGCAAACAUUUCAGCCUUUCUGUCAGCAGAUGCUGCGGCGGCAGCAGCUGCAGCUGCUGCUGAGUCCGCCCAUGAGGCCGCUCGUGCCACAAUGGCCAACUGUCCUGUAUUUGCGGCGACAAGUCAUGCAAGUACCACAAGUACUUCGUCUACUGCUAAUGCCGCCACAGCAUCGGCAUCUACUUCUGCUAAGACCGGGACAAACGUGACAACCGGUGACAAUCGUGGAGAGACUUCUGCUUCGUCAGCUGGCACCAAUGAUUCAGCACGAAGCGAGAAAGUUCUCGAUCUUUCCUGGUUGUCUCCAACACCGGAAAGUAUUUCGAAAAUUAAUCAAACAUUUUCAAAGAUUUUGGACCCACUUGGAAUGAAUAUUGAAAUUCGUAGCAACGGUACUGCCCCAAAGCCUGCCCAGACGCAGACUCCACCGGAGGAGAAACAGGACAAAACUACUGAAACGGCUAAUACACCAACAACCAGUACUCCGAGUCAAACUUCAUCACUUGUUCAAACGAGCAACAAAUCAACUGAAAUUGAUCCAUUUGCAGAUUUGAGACAAAAACUGGAGGCCACUCUACUCGCUGAAAGUUUGACCGAGAAAGGACAAAAAAUGGAUAUGACGCACAGUGAUGAUGAUGAUGAUGACGAUUCACUAUCUGUUAGCAGUGUUUCCUUAUUGAGUGAUAAUGAAACCGGAAAUAACGAAAAAACUGAAAAGAAAUGGACGCUGGUUGAUCUUCCGAACGAUGAAGACAAACCAGUGGAAAUCGCUAAAGAUGUCACGGCGGAAGCAACUUCCAUAGGCCAAGCGUCGGCAACACCCGUUACUCCGGCAUCUGUUCCCGAGGUCUCUUCGGCUUCCUCGGCCAAAAACGUCGUAAAUCCGAUCGAUUAUGAACAAUUGGGUAAAGCUUUGAAGCAACACAUCGAAGCCGAAAUGCAGGCAGCUGAAACAUCUAAAAAUAAGAUAACACCAACAAUUGCCACAGCUACAACGCCACCACCAUCUACUCAAACUGCAAUCCCUUUGCCAGCGUCGGUGAACCUACCAACUUCGACUGCAAUCCCACUACCGUCACCAAAUGCACCACAAAUUUCUGUCCAGACUAAUGUUGCAGCAUCUAGGUUUCAUCCAUUUGUCCAUGAAUGGAUGGCAGCUAGGAAUCCGCUAGGAACCCGCUCACAGAACGCAACAAUAACUUCAUCCCAACCGAUUCAAACGGCUAUCCCGAUGCCGGCUCCAGCACGUGCUUCAUCCGGCACGGAGCCUGUCACAUACAGUUCUCGAUCCCACAUCAACCAUGCCGUUCAUGCUAUGAUCGCUAUGGGUUUCAGCAAUGAAGGAGGCUGGCUGGUUCAACUGUUGGAGUCCGUUAACGGCGAUAUUCCGCGAGCAUUGGACUUGUUGACGCCGCACAAAUUUAAUCCCUAAGCAUUGGACAAAGUGACGAUUUUUAAAACAAACCUUUUAAAAUACACUAUUUGUUACGAUCUUUUUCGUACGAGUGCAGUGAUUAUAGCAAUAAAGAGAUAACCUUUGUGACACACUAUGUGCACAAUAUAAUACUAUAAAUAUUACAGUAAAAGGUGAUAGAUGUUAGGCUUCAUGCUACAUACUUAGUGCAUAUUUUAUUUCUUGUUUCUGUAAUGACAGCAGCAAAUAUUUUGAAUUCAUGGAACUGUCACACGUUUUCUACUCGAAACAUGAUGAGUAAAUUCAGUUGCUGGCUUAUAAAUUAACUAUACUGGUUGCAUAUUUAAUAAUUCAACGUAAAAUGAAUAAAUAACAAUAAAAGAA